AGGAACAACGACAUCAAGGGUCUCGACUUCCACGCCACAUACGCUACGUAUGAUCUUCAGUACCUCGUGCCUUCUUUCAGGCAGUAAAUCCCUCGUGACUCCCCACUCCAUCUUAUUUCUCUCUUGAUAAAAUAUUUCAUCAUCCCCUGACCCCUGUUACGUGAAUUAAGAUCGCGUCUACACCGAACGGGUUACAUAAAGUACAGGUACCUAAGGUAUAUAAACUUCAGCAUUACCUAGCAUACUUAAACUUCCCCCGUCCCUAGUGUCCCGAACGACAGCAACCCACACCCUCCUAUCCGUGCGAUACGUAGUAUUCGCCGAUUUAUAAAAUCGAACGGCGCAACAAUACCUUCGCAAUGGGUCGCUUCACUAUCCACAAGCCCGAGCAGGACGCCGGCAAGGCGUGGCCUGCCAUCGCCAUCGGUCUAUUCGUAGCAUUCGGUGGCAUUCUAUUCGGGUAUGUUUAGCAACAUCCUCAGGGCGUGUGAUAGUUCGCAUUGUUCUCCUUUGCGCUAACUUCCAAUCUUAGUUACGACACCGGAACCAUUAGCGGUAUUCUAGCUAUGGACUUCUUCCAAAACCUCUUCUCAACCGGUUACGUCAACACUCACGGCCAUCUGGACGUCUCGCCCUCCCAAUCCUCCGCCAUCGUGUCGAUUCUCUCUGCGGGCACUUUCUUCGGAGCUUUAGGAUCGCCGCUCAUCGCCGAUACUAUAGGUCGCCGCCUAUCGCUCAUCGUCUCUUCAUGGGUCUUCAUUUUCGGCGUCAUACUCCAGACCGCUGCUACGGCCCUACCUCUGUUCCUGGCCGGUCGUUUCUUUGCCGGCUUCGGCGUCGGUCUGAUAUCUGCGCUAAUUCCCUUGUACCAAAGCGAGACGGCACCGCGUUGGAUUCGAGGUGCCAUCGUAGGCGCGUACCAGUUUGCCAUCACGAUCGGUCUACUCCUCGCCGCAGUCGUAGACUACGCCACGCAGUACCGCCAGGAUACCGGCUCGUACCGCAUCCCUAUCGCCGUGCAGUUCGCCUGGGCCAUCAUCCUCAUUGCCGGGAUGCUUCUGCUACCGGAGACUCCCCGGUACUUGGUCAAGAAAGGACAGCAGGAUAAGGCUGCCCGUUCUCUUGGCAAGCUCCGAAGGAUCGAUCGCAACCAUGCCGCUAUCCAUGAUGAGUUAGCCGAGAUUAAGGCGAACAAUGAUUACGAGCUGAGCAUCGGAACGGCCACUUAUCUUGACUGCUUCCGCGGUCCCAUGCUAAAGCGACUUCUCACCGGUAUGGGAAUACAGGGGCUUCAGCAGCUAACAGGUGUCAACUUUGUGUUCUACUACGGCGUAAAUUAUUUCAAGAACUCGGGCAUCCAAGAUCCAUUCACGAUCCAAGUAAUCACGUCUUGCAUUAACGUCUUCUCAACUCUCCCUGGUCUGUGGGCUGUGGACAGGCUUGGUCGUCGCCCGCUUCUCUUAUGGGGCGCAGUCGGAAUGUGUAUCAGCCAAUUCCUCGUGGCCAUGCUCGGCACCCUGACGACGGGGCAAGACGAGGCAGGUAAUGUCGUGGUCUAUAACGUCGCGGCGCAGAAGGCCGGUAUCGCCUUUAUUUGUAUCUACAUCUUCUUCUUUGCCAGUACCUGGGGGCCUCUUGCGUGGGUAGUGACGGGCGAGAUUUUCCCCCUAAAGAUGCGAGCCAAGUGCCUCAGCAUGACUACCGCCACUAACUGGCUCCUGAACUGGGCGAUAGCCUACGCGACCCCGUAUCUCGUCAACUACGGCGAGGGUUACGCCAACCUGCAGUCCAAGAUCUUCUUCGUGUGGUUCGGCGCUUGUUUCAUCUGCAUCGCCUUCGUGUACUUCCUCGUAUACGAAACCAAGGGGUGGUCGCUUGAAGAGGUCGACGAGCUAUAUAGCGAAGUGAGCAGUGCGCGCAAGAGUGCUGCGUGGACCCCGAGCUCUACAUUUUCGCAGCGACAGGGUGUCACCACGACGGCUGUUGAUAGUACUGCAACUAAUGGGCAAGCCGAAAAGUUAGCCGAGAGUGAAGGACACACCGGCGUUUCGCAUCAUGACGAAAAAUCCGUAGUAUAAAAUUAGUGGCACUCUUAGCUUUAUCUAUUUAAUAUUCGUCUGACUUUGGCAUGUACUUCAAAACACGUCGUUUUCCAGAUAUCUCCUGAGCUAGUCUUAGCAAGGGGAUUUGCUCAAGGGUCGUGAGAAAGCAUGUAUUUUAUGAACUGAGUACUAACCAG